AUGAGUGUAUCCUCCGAGCAGUCACCGUUCGAUGACGAGUUUGAUGCUCUAGUAAAAGAGCAACUGGAAAGAUGGAAAGUCCCCGGCUUGAGUAUCGCGAUUAUCCAUGGUCCCAAUACCUACACUAAGGCAUAUGGAAAGGCAGAACUGCAAAGCCACAGCACAGAUCGACCAUGCCGGGAGAUGACAACCGAUGCGUUAUUUGCAACAUGUAGCACCACCAAGGCUUUUACCAGUGCAGCGACAUCCAUAGCAAUCCAGGACAGCAAGGCUACCGAGUCACCGAUCGACUGGGACACGCCUGUGGCUUCCCUAAUUCCAGAAGACUUUAUCCUGGAGGACGACUACGCGACCAAGAAUAUUACACUUGAAGAUGCUCUAUCGCAUCGGUCGGGUAUGCCAGAGCAUAACUGGACCUUGGCUCUAUUCCCAAAGAAGGGCCCAACGCCGGGCUCUAUAGUCCGCGCGAUGCAAUACAUGCCCCUCGCGACACCACCGCGCACCAAAUACCACUAUAACAAUUACAUGUACGUCGCUGUGUCGCAUGCGUUGGAGCAGCACACAAGUGAAACACUGGGCGCGUUCAUGAAGAAACGCAUCUGGGACCCUCUCGGUAUGAGAGAAACGUUCUUCUCACCAGACGAAGCAAAGGCAAACCCAUCAACCGCCGCAAAGCUUGUGCAAGCAUACGACUGGGUUCCUACAAAGCAAGGCGGGAAGUCUAUUCCCAAGCCAGAGAAUAACUGGCCAGUUAACAGUGGUGCUGGUGCUAUCAUCAGUAACGUUCUCGACUAUGCCCGUUGGGUGCGGGAGUUGAUUGAAAAAGCCGGCCCGUUGAAAGGACACGACAGCUUAACAGAUCCACGGACGAUACAUUUCCAGAAUGAUGACAUGAACUUACCGGCUCCGUACCAUUCCUAUGCGCUCGGAUGGGUCGUGGAUUCCCACCGCGGCCAGAAUUUAUAUAGCCACAGCGGUGGCUGGCCUGGCUACGCGAGCUGGGUGGGCUUCGUCCCGGAGAAGAAGUUUGGAUUUGUGGUCAUGGGCAAUCGUUCUUCGGCUCGAUAUGCUGCGUUUAGAUUGGUCACUUAUCUUUUGGAUAGGCGGCUUGGUCUAUCGGAUGAUCCGAAAUAUGAGCAGCAGAUUGCUGCUUGCAUCGAAAGACAAACUGAGACAUGGGAGUCGAGACUGAAGAAUGAAGACAUAGAGGAUUCAAAGCGACGAUUGUUCUCUUCUUUGCCUGAUCCUCCGAUUCCAUGUGCCUUGCACAUGUCUGGAUAUACUGGAACAUACAGACACCCCACGGGUGCGAUCCUUAUAAUCCAAAUACGCAAUGAUGGGCUUAUUGCUGACUUACGGGAUCGAGUCAUUCCGUGUGAAUUGUCUCUUGUUCAUGCCAGCGGGGAGUUCUUCGUGGGCAGCAUCCAUAGUGAAGGAUUCAACUUGAUGCCGCCCUUCACAGUGGAAUUCUAUAUUGAUGCUGCGGGUGUGGUGAAAAGAGUUGGACUUCUGUUGGAACCUGCUUUGAAAGAGAAGAAGCUCUGGUUUGAUCGUUGUGAUUCCUAG